GCCUUCUGACGGAAAACCUUAGCCUGAACCUACGGACGUGCUUAGCGACGGCAGAGGCUUGCGGCAGUAGCGUGACUUACGGCAGCCCUCUAGUAGAGCGCCGUUGCGAGGGGAAUGCAGAAGCGGCCGCGGGCUAGCAACCUCCCGGAGCCGGCGGCGCACCACCAUGACCCAGUCGGUGGUCGUACAGGUCGGCCAGUGCGGAAACCAGAUCGGCUGCUGCUUCUGGGACCUGGCACUACGGGAGCACGCCGCGGUCAACCAGAAAGGAAUUUAUGAUGAGGCAAUAAGCAGCUUCUUUAGAAAUGUGGACACCAGAGUGGUUGGUGAUGGUGGAAGUAUUUCCAAGGGAAAAAUAUGUUCUUUAAAAGCAAGAGCUGUCUUGAUUGAUAUGGAAGAAGGGGUAGUGAAUGAAAUUCUGCAGGGACCACUGAGAGAUGUAUUUGAUACGAAACAGCUCAUCACUGAUAUUUCUGGCUCAGGAAAUAAUUGGGCUGUGGGUCACAAAGUUUUCGGCAGUCUUUACCAAGACCAGAUUUUAGAGAAACUCAGAAAGUCGGCAGAGCACUGUGAUUGCUUGCAGUGUUUCUUUAUAAUACAUUCCAUGGGAGGAGGAACAGGAUCUGGACUUGGCACAUUUCUUUUAAAGGUGCUUGAAGACGAAUUCCCAGAAGUAUACAGAUUUGUGACUUCCAUUUAUCCUUCUGGUGAGGAUGAUGUCAUAACCUCACCUUAUAAUAGCAUCUUGGCAAUGAAGGAACUUAAUGAGCAUGCAGACUGUGUGUUGCCCAUUGACAAUCAAUCUUUAUUUGACAUCAUUAGCAAAAUCGACCUCAUGGUGAAUUCUGGAAAGUUGGGUACAACUGUGAAGCCAAACAGUCUGGUUACUUCAAGUUCUGGGACUUUAAAAAAGCGGCAUAAGAAGCCAUUUGAUGCAAUGAAUAACAUUGUGGCAAAUCUGCUGCUCAACCUAACAAGCUCUGCAAGAUUUGAAGGGUCCCUUAAUAUGGACCUUAAUGAAAUCAGCAUGAAUUUAGUUCCUUUUCCUCAACUUCAUUAUCUCGUGUCAAGCCUAACACCUCUGUAUACACUGACAGAUGUUAACAUUCCUCCUAGAAGAUUGGAUCAGAUGUUUUCAGAUGCCUUUAGUAAAGAUCACCAGCUGCUUCAGGCGGACCCCAAACACAGUCUUUACCUCGCCUGUGCGCUCAUGGUUAGAGGAAAUGUACAAAUUUCAGAUCUUCGUAGAAAUAUUGAAAGAUUAAAACCAUCUCUACAAUUUGUCUCCUGGAAUCAAGAAGGCUGGAAGACCAGCCUGUGUUCCGUACCUCCUGUGGGCCAUUCUCAUUCGUUAUUAGCUUUAGCAAAUAACACCUGUGUGAAGCCCACCUUCAUGGAACUGAAAGAGAGAUUCAUGAGGCUCUACAAGAAAAAGGCUCACCUUCAUCACUAUCUACAAGUUGAAGGGGUAGAAAAAAGCUGUUUCACAGAAGCUGUGUCAUCUUUAUCAGCACUCAUACAGGAAUAUGACCAACUGGACACAACAAAAAACAUGCCUGUGCGAGAUUUACCCAGACUAAGCAUAGCUAUGUGAAAAAGAAACCCUCAAAAAACUUUCUUAAUUUCACGUUGUUUUUUCUGACCUUUCUGUUUCAACAUUUUUCUAAUUUGGAAACUCCAGUUUUUUUCAUGUUAUCAGGAAAUAUUUUUGUCUAAAAGAGUGAUUUCUGUUUAAUCACAAUUUGUUGGUAAUACCAAUGUGUGAAAUUAGUGAAAUCUUAGUACCUUAACUUCAAACAUUUCUCUUCAGAAAAGUUCCCUUUUCUAAAAUUGAGAGAACAGAGUUCUUGAAUAUUUUGCUGUAUUUAUAGCCUCAUAUUUAGGCAUUUAUGCACUGAUGUGUCUUCAAUAAAAAUCUUGUACAGAUAUAUUUUUAUAAUUAUUUAUAAUUUAUAUUUUGAUACUCUAAGUUAAGUUAUCCUGAUUCUUUAAAAGUAGUUACUGGGAGUAGAAGAACACAAUAUAAAUAUUUCCAUGUAAUAUCCACUAACUUUUCAGGCAUAGGUUUUAUUACAACUGUUAAGGAGGUUUUGCUUCUUCUUUAGAUAACAACUUGUUUGCUUAAAAGAAUCCUAAUUUGUACACUUUACAUGUAUUUGCAUUAAACUUUUUAAAUAAUUACUUUCUUAUCAAACCAAUUGAUUUUAUAAUAAAUGUCUAUGUUUUUCAACAGUG